AUGAAUGUCGAAGAGGACGAUCUCAAUUUCUUGAAAGGUAUUCAUUCAAUUACUAAUUCCAGCUUAACCCUUGUGGACAGGAUGUAGAAACACACCUUAUAUAAUCCGAGCUGGAAUCAAUAUAGAUAAGUGCUUAAUUUGUACUAUUCAUAAAUAAGAUAUAGUCAUAACAAAUCUCAGAUAAUCAUGGAUUUGCAAGCUCAACAAAGAUCGCAUUUAAAAGGAUAAGGAACUUUACAACAAAUCAAUAUAAACUACGAAUUUCUAAGGAGUGUUGGAUUUAUUAGAGUUGGCCCUCAAAUUUGACCCUUAAGCAGAAUACUCAUUCAAGUUGAAUGACUCUUCUUUGUAUUAUGGUUAUAGUAAUGUAAUCAAGAUCUACACUCUAACAUGGGUGUUCGAUUGCAAAGUCGUAGAUGACCAAUAUCAUAACAAAAUUCUCAUAAAUGACAUUAUAAAUCCUUUGUUAUUGACCAUUCAUUCCUUAGAAAAUAGAUGCAACAAUUAUAAAUCAGCAUUUUCAUAAUUGGAGUAGGAUUACAUAAAGAGAUUAAAUGAAAAGGAAAGAGCUUAGUAUAAAGUAAGGGAUAAAGACGAAGACUUGAGUGUCUACAUUUUAGAUGAUCAAAUUGACCAGGAGAAGAUAUGUUAAAUCAACUUUACUCCUAUGGCAAAUUAUUUCAUCUAAUAUUAUGCAAUUAAUAAAGUGAAUAAAACAUUAUAACAAAUGAAAAAAAGACAACCAUAACAGCAAUAAAGUAAAAAUGAAAAUGUGUCUUCAAACAUGAAAAAAAGUAAAUUAAAGAUUUCUACUAUUUAGAAGAAAAUAUAUGGUAAAGUUAUGAAAAUACAUUAUCUGACAUGUUUGAAGGAAAGGGAUAACAAAUAUUAGAAAAUGAUAAAAAUGAACCAAAAUAAGAUCGGAGCAAAAACACCAAAAAAAAGGUUGGAUUUUUAUGA